GACUGCGGCCUGCGCUCCCUGCUGGGCGGGGCGGGUGGUCUCCGAGCGUCGCUGUUCGCCAGGGGGCGUGACCUGAGCCCGCCUCGUGGGCUGACAGGCGAGUGGGAGGAUCUCUAAGGCUGGCCAUUAAUUUGGUGUCCGUUGUUUGUUGCGGAAGGUUUUCUCGAGGAGGACACAGAGUUUGCAGUAGUAGACGGAGAAGGGGCAAAGCCGGGCCAGGUGGGAGCUGGGGUGCCCCGAGUCCCCGGACGGCGAGGAGCUGGGCAGUGUGGCCAUUGACAUGCACCGCCUGGACUCUUCGCCCCCUAGGACAUGACCCAGGUGGCACACCCUGGCCAUGGGGUCUCAGCAUUCCGCCUCUGCGCGCCCUCCUUCCCACAAGCGAAAGAAAGAUGACAGAGAGGAUAUGCUGGACGAACGGGAGCAGGAAGAAGCCAUUGCCCAGUUCCCAUAUGUGGAGUUCACGGGGCGGGACAGCAUCACCUGUCUCACGUGCCAAGGGACAGGCUACAUUCCCACAGAGCAAGUAAAUGAGUUGGUGGCUUUGAUCCCACACAGUGAUCAGAGACUCCGCCCUCAGAGAACCAAGCAGUAUGUCCUCCUGUCUGUCCUGCUGUGCCUCCUGGCAUUUGGUUUGGUGGCUUUCUUCCUGUUUCCACAUUCAGUCCUUGUGGAUGAUGACGGCAUCAGAAUGAUGAAUGUCACAUUUAAUAAGCAGGACUCCCUUGUAAUCCUCGCCAUCAAGGCCACCCUGAAAAUCAGGAACUCCAACUUCUACUCUGUGGCAGUGACCAGCCUGUCCAGCCAAGUUCAGUACAUGAACACAGUGGUUGGGUCAUAUAUGACAACUAACGUCUCUCUCAUUCCGCCUCGGAGUGAGCAACUGGUGGACUUUCUGGUGCAGGCGGAGAUGGGAGGACCAUUUUCCUAUGUGUACUUCUUCUGCACAUUACCCGAUAUCCAGGUGCACAACAUCGUGAUCUUCAUGAGAACUUCAGUGAAGAUUUCGUACAUUGGUCACAUGACCCAGAGCUCCUUGGAGACACAUCACUAUGUGGAUUGUGGAACAAACUUCUCAGCUGUUUAGAAACUGCUUUUGGCUCUCCCACGGCAGUACCUGUCGGAAGAGACACCCCAUCCGUUCCUAGGGCCUGCGUUCUGCACCUACCCAGGUGGUAGAAGUAGAGGAGAAACUGGUUCUCUUAAUCCCCAGCAAACACCCGCCUGCCGCUUGGGAGGAAACCUCGCCUCUGUGGCACCAUUUCCGUUUCCCUGAACCAGCGAAUCACUGCCCAGUACCCACUCUGUGCCCAGCAAAUAGUAGGCACUCGAGGUUUGAAGACUUUCAUUCAGAUCUUGCCAGCUGUGCUUGGAGAUUAUAAGCUGAAAGCAGACCGGGAUACGAGGUUAGAGAACCAGAGAGGGGCGUGAGGCAGCACUGUUGCUGCAGCUGCACAGCUGUCAUCAGGACCUCAUCGCACCGAAGAGGCACAGGGAGGGAACGUGUGAAUACAUAAAAGAAAGCGCAGACCAUUCAAUAUGUGAUUUUUUUUCAUCUGUUCCUCAAUGCCUAGGAACUUAAAAACCUUUUUCUUGUAGAAAUUUAUAAUUGUUUUUACUAAGAGUCUAUGUGGGGCUUGAUUAACCCUGCAUCCAUUGGCUGGAACAUGGAUUGGGGGUUUGGUAGGAAAAUAAACCCUGCUUUUGACUCAUCUG